AUGGUAUACUAUUCGUUGACCGAGGUUCCUCGUGACCUCAGGGAAGGCAUUGACUGGUUGCUGGCCGUUAAGGGAACCGAUGGUCACGGUUUGAAGGAAUUGAUUGCUGCGGUUUACAGAUUCCUCUAUAGACAACCUGUUGGAUUGAUACGUUUGACGCCUAUCGAGGACAUAAAGCGCAUUUUCAAGAAGUUUUUGGAGCAGCGGGCGCUUAAAGAUAAGGCGUUCGCAGGCGCCAUGCUGAAGAGAUUAAAAACCCCUAUGGAAAAAAACCCCAACGCUACAUUGAAAGUCUUAAAAGGUAUCAAGGAUAGUGAUCAUAUGACUUUGAAGACCAGGGGCGUGACGUAUGAUUCCAUGGCAAACGAUUUCAACACACUUGUGGACAGUUUGGAGAAGUUCCUGGAUGAUAUCAAAAACCCUGAUCAAUAUAGGUCAUAUUACAGUUCAGAAGCGACGUGGAGUGAUUCGUGCUCGGAAAGACCGGAAGAUUGCGCAAUGAUCUUUGUGGGAAUUGCGCCGAUCUUGUACGUGGGCAUGCAGGCUAUGUUCGACGCAAGCAGUAAUGGAGUGGUUGGGUUGAAAAUGUUUAGAGCAAAAGAUCAUUUGGAAAGGGUAUUGUUCGCCUUGGGUUACGUAGAGCCAGAAAUCCGCGCUAAUAUGAGUUCCGCCGAUUUACGCAGUGCGUUGGGUGUUAUGAAUAAAGCUGUAAUGAACACGAUUUACGAUCUCGCUGGUUUCUGGGCUUUCUAUUGA